AUGCACCAUGAGCGGUCCCUCUGUUUCCUUCACUGCAAUUCCUCUAAAUCUACCAAUGGUCGCUUCGGUAAGCAUCGAUUGAAAUCAUCUGUUCAAACGUUGGUGACGGAAGGAGUUGAUUGCAAGCGGGCAUCGUCGCUCCUGCCCUCUUGCUGUACAGAUAUGCCGAAAUACACAACAGAUCGAUCAGGAAUUCAAGGUCAUGAUUUGCUACAAGAAAAACAAACCCAAUUAGCAGUGUCAUUUGAAAAACACACUCAGUUUGUUCAUCUGUCAUAUUGUGUUAAUAGGUGA